GAGUUCUGACAGAUUUCAAUGUCAUUUGUCUGAAAGCCGAUUUCGGGUUUUGUAUUUCAAAAAUAUAAUCCCUUCCUAUUUUUAAACCGCUAUAUUUUUCUAUUUUUGUCAAAAGGAUAACAAAUAUUUCUCUAGUUAAUAUCUGCUUCUGAAAAUAGUAAAAUAUGGUCCGAGUAGAUGAAUGCAAUGGUUAUGUUAGUGGGCGGGAUUUACGGUCCCGGAUGACCAGCAGGAAUGGAACAAUAAGAAUGGUGCCACCAUUUUCAUAUCAGUCCCUGCAGAAAAAUACUAAGGUUAUACCACCACGAAAAACAAAUCCUUUCGCCCCGCAGCCGAUUAAAGCGACCCUUUUCCAAAAGUUCUUCCUGCGAGGCGAUAUUCCGGCGAAUAUAAAACCUGUGGAACCCGGAGCCAAAGUCGUGAAGAAAACAAAGAAAACAAGUCAAGAUCCGCCUCCUUUAGUCUGGGAUGUACCACCGGAAAGUUUGGAUUAUUCUUACUAUUUACCGAUAUUUGUGGAAGGGCUGGGAGAGAUGGAGGAUCCUUACAAGGCAGUAGCAAGUCAAGGAGUCACAACGCUUAUAGCUGCUUGUCCUGAGAAGAUUCUCCCAGUCGUUCCGCAACUAAUAAUCCCUAUGAAGCGUGCCCUUAACACUAGAGAGCCCACGGUUAUAAUUCGAGUCCUUAAAGCUAUUCAGCAAAUGGUUACCGAGGGACCUUGUGUUGGUCAAGCUCUUGUUCCCUACUAUCGACAAAUUUUGCCAAUUUGUAAUCUUUUUCGCGACGUUAAUGUUAAUUUGGGAGAAGGUAUUGACUUUAAACGUGACACACGCCUGGGUGACGUUAUCGAGGACACGCUACAAAUCCUUGAAAAAUAUGGCGGACCUGAUGCCUAUAUUAAUAUUAAAUACAUGGUACCGACAUAUGAGAGUUGUGUUAUGAACUGAAAUCAUGCAGGACGAAUGGGAGACAAUUGGGAGGAUUCGGCGAGAGCGGGAUAUGUGUACCUGCGGAUUAUUUUACAUUGUAGGCGUAUUUUCAUCCCUAUGUGCAUAUAUAUAAAUUUGAAUAAAUAUAAUCUAUACUGGCUGAUAUUCACUACA